UCAGCUCCCGGCUGCAGACUCCAGCUCAUUGUGUUCCGACUGCGAUGUGGCGCUUGCGAUCUCUCGCCGCCGGCAGAGGCUCCUCGAAGGGCGACACGGGGGUGACCAGGCACGGUGGUCAAAGCCGCAGAGGGAGAGCGGGAGCGGUCGUGAGGUCGUCUGGGGAGAAGGGCGGAGGCAAAGCCGAGGAGCAGGUGUGUAGACCCUUCUAGCCUGAGGAGUUCUGCAGGUGUGAAGCUCCACACCUGCUUCCAUAGCACUUUGCCUGUCCCUAAGAGGGCUCAUCGGAGAAGAAAGAAUGGCUGUCAACCACCUGCCAACCAUGGGCCAGGAAUCGGUGACCUUCAAGGAUGUGGCUGUACUCUUCACCCAGGAAGAGUGGGGGCAGCUGAGCCCAGCCCAGAGGGCCCUGUACAGGGACGUGAUGCUGGAGAACUACAGCAACCUGGUCUCACUGGGACUCUUAGGACCCAAACCAGAUAUGUUUUCCCAGCUAGAGAAAAGGGAAGUGUGGAUGCCAGAGGAUACCCCUGGAGGCUUCUGUCUUGACUGGAUGACUCUGCCUGCCAGUAAGAAAUCUACUCUCAGGGUGGCGAUUCCUGAAGAAGAAUUGGGCCAAUGGACAAUAAAGGAAAGAUUCCGCAGCAGCAGUCACUGGAAGUGUGCUAGCCUGCUGGGGUGGCAGUGUGGAGGCCAGGAGAUGAGUUUGCAGCGAGCGGUGCUCACUCACCCCAGCACCCCGUCUGGGAUUGGUGGACAGGAAUGGGAUGAAUCUGGCAGCACUAUGAGCUCAUCUCCUCACAGUGCUCAAAGUCAGGGAUUCCAGCCUCGCAAAAAUGCCUUUGAGUGUAGUGAGUGUGGGAAAGUCUUCUCUAAGAGUUCAACUCUUAAUAAACAUCAGAAAAUUCAUACUGGAAAAAACCCAAAUCAGAAAAUUCAUGUGAAAGAGAAAAGAUAUGAAUGUAGAGAAUGUGGGAAAGCCUUUCACCAGAGUACGCACCUUAUCCAUCACCAAAGAAUUCACACCGGCGAGAAACCCUACGAAUGUAAGGAAUGUGGCAAGGCCUUCUCAGUGAGCUCCUCGCUUACGUACCAUCAGAAAAUUCAUACCGGAGAGAAGCCUUUUGAAUGCAACUUAUGUGGAAAAGCUUUUAUCCGAAAUAUACACCUUGCCCAUCAUCAUAGAAUACACACUGGAGAGAAACCUUUUAAAUGUAACAUUUGUGAAAAAGCCUUUGUGUGCAGGGCACAUCUUACCAAACACCAGAAUAUCCAUAGUGGAGAGAAACCCUAUAAAUGCAGUGAAUGUGGAAAAGCCUUUAAUCAGAGCACAAGUUUUCUUCAGCAUCAGAGAAUCCACACUGGAGAGAAACCCUUUGAAUGUAAUGAAUGUGGGAAGGCCUUCAGGGUGAACUCUUCCCUUACUGAACAUCAGAGAAUUCAUACUGGAGAGAAACCUUACAAAUGUAACGAAUGUGGGAAAGCGUUCAGGGAUAAUUCGUCCUUUGCACGACAUCGGAAAAUCCACACUGGAGAGAAACCGUACAGAUGCGGCUUGUGUGAGAAAGCCUUCAGGGAUCAAUCGGCACUAGCCCAGCAUCAGAGGAUUCACACCGGGGAGAAGCCUUACACGUGCAACAUCUGCGAAAAAGCCUUCAGUGACCAUUCAGCCCUCACCCAACACAAGAGAAUUCAUACCAGAGAAAAACCUUACACAUGUAAAAUCUGUGGGAAAGCCUUUAUCCGAAGCACCCACCUUACUCAACAUCAGAGGAUUCACACAGGAGAGAAACCCUACAAAUGCAACAGAUGUGGGAAAGCGUUUAACCAGACCGCAAACCUCAUUCAGCAUCAGAGACAUCAUACUGGAGAAAAGUGACAUGAGUGCAGUUUGUCUGGAAGACCUUUGAGACUGAGUAGGUUAAUUAUUGAAUGUAAGAUAAUCCAUUCUAGAGGAUAACUAUGAAAACUUACAUCAAGAUUGUCACUUUAUUUACUGAGGGUCAACUUUCACAGUGUCAUGGGGUUUGGGCACUUAAGAAUGGCAAAUACUCAGCCAGGUGUGGUGGCUCACACCUGUAAUCCCAGCACUUUGGGAGGCCGAGGUGGGCAGAUCUCGAGUUCAAGAGAUCGAGACCAUCCUGGCUAACAUGGUGAAACCUCUUCUCUACUAAAAAUAUUAAAAAUUAGCCGGGUGUGGUGGCGGUGCCUGUAGUCCCAACAGCUGCUAGGGAGGCUGAGGCAGGAGAAUGGCGUGAACCCGGGAGGUGGAGGUUACAGUGAGCUGAGAGCACACCACUGCACUCCAGCCUGGGUGAUAGAGUGAGACUCCAUCUC